AUGGUGUACUGCUGCGUGCCCUCGUGCCACUCGCGCUCUGGGAAAAGCCCAGGUGCUUCAUUUCACAAAUUUCUAAGUGACGAAGAUUUGUGCGCCAAAUGGCAAAGGAACAUUGCUAGGAAGGAUUUAACUAUCAACGAUAGGUCGCCGUCAACGGUCGUGUGUAGCCAGCACUUCCUUCCGACUGACUACGCUACCGUGUGCCGCAUAAAGAAACUUUUGCCUGGUGCUGUGCCCACAGUUUUCCAAGGCUAUCCGGCGUACAUGAUGCCUCCUGCAAAAAGGCCUCGCAAGGAACCUGCUCCUCGGGCUGCUGUACCUCCUCUAAAACAAAUCAAGCGGAAGGCCCAGCUGCUUGAAUCGCUGCCUGUGGAAGAAAACGUGUCUGUCGAAUGCCAUGAAGACACCAAAAGCAUGAGCACGCAAACCACGAACAACUAUCACCAACGUGCAAGCCGGUACCUCUCCACUAUUUCGAGGCUUCGCUUUCAAGUGUCAUAG